UGACAUGAAUAACAUGAAUAAGUCGGACAUUGACUUAGCACAGCUGCUCAAGACAUUUGAUCCGGAUACAAAGUCCUUCAAAUUUGGAACCAAAUCAUUCCAAAUCACAAGCAAUGCAGUGACUCAGAUUCUAGGACUGCCAAAUGAAGGCAAAUCUGUCAAACUUGUCAAUGAUAGGUACACUGCUACCUUCAGAACAAGGCACUUUGGAGAAAAGGGAAAACCUUCAAAAAACCAGGUAGAAGCAGAAUUACAAAAGACAAUUGCCUUGGCAAACCAACAGAAGAAAGAAAAGGCAAAGACAGAGCAAAAGAAAAAAACGAACAAAGGAAAAGAAAGGAAAGAAGCUGAAGAAGAAGAAGAAGAAGAAGAAGUUGAUUACGACAAGGAGGUGGUCAGCCUAAUAUUGAUUCUGCUGUGCAUGACAUUCCUUUUUGCCAACUCUUCAUCUACUUUGCAUUGGAAAUUAUUUGAGCACUGCGUGAAUCUAGACACACUUUCAAGCUAUUCGUGGGCAAGAGCUGUUUCAGACUACAUGAAUGAAUCCUUGACCGCAAAAGCAAAAGCAAAAGCAAAGAAGGGAGGAGAAGCCUCUAUAGGAGCUGUUUCGGGUUGCACUAUCCUAAUAUUGUUUCUACUGUGUGAGAGGACAAACAUCAUACAACCAAUCCUUGGCAAGGAGAAAGAAACUCCUGCCAUUCUUAGAUGGAGUCUUGUGGAACUCCACACAAGAUUCAACCAAAUAAAGGACUUGAAUGACAUCGAGGGUAUUUUCAAAACUCCUAAAAAGCGAAAAACUACCAGGGAAGAGGAAGACACUGUUGAGAAGGGUAUUUUGAAAACAUAUAAAAAGAGAAAAACUACCGGAGAAGAGGGAGACCCUCUUGACAAGGAAAAAGAAAAAGAAGAUGAUGAGGGAAAACCUGAUGAUGCAAUUCAAGACCUCUUGGUGAAACAGUGA